AUUCAGGAAUAGAACGGUCUGAAACCUCGCCCUUUGAUUGGCGCAGACGAUCUGACUUCACUUUCAAGAUGGCGCGUUUCAGUUCCUGAGCAAAAACAGACGAUAUUUGGACGCUACAAAUCCUAUGCAUGAUGGCAGAGAGCAGGCCUAGGCGCGGCUCUGCUAGCAAUAACAAUGGUACAACAGCACGGGGCCGACUGACUGGUCUAACUCCGACCGUCUUGAGUCAAGCCGUGGACACUCUAAGAACCGACCCGUCUCUAAGAAACGAGGUGGCUUCCUUACUGAGAGAGAUAGCUCCUCAGAUCUCGCAAAGGCCGCAGCAAAAUGCAGCAGGAAGGGCGCCACUAGCCGGGUUCACAGAUGGCGACAUUGAGAACAGACCAGGUGAGGCUAGUGCCACGCCCUACCAGGAGGAGACCAUAGCAGUGGAGAUGCCCGAAGGAACUCCUCACAGGGACUCGGAGGAGCCUCAAGACGCCCAAGAAGAAGUGACAGGCCCUCCUUUAAGGAGAUGGCUCGGCUGGAUGGAAAAAAGUGUGCCUUUCGUUGCCCUCUUGCUGGUCAAGAUCCUCUAUGCACACAGACUAGGUAUUUGUAUCCUCUUGGGCCUGUUUGGAACAUUUAUACACACCAAUGCAACCAUCAAGAGUCAAGUGGCAUUGAAGGAGAGAAGAUCGGUUAAGAUGCUGCUCUGGCUGGUUUUGUUCCUGACUGCAAACAUCAUGCUCAUAUAUUACGUGUUUGAGGAGGAACAACUCCAGAACAGUUUGAUCCUGAUGCAGCCGAACUUUGCCUGGGUGGAUUUCUGGACCCUCCUGUGGGUUGUCGGCAUGACAGACUUUGUUAUCAAGUUCAUGAGCAUGGCGGUCAAGUGCCUUAUCGUCCUGCUGCCCAGGGGGGUCAUGCACUUCAAGAGACGGGGAAAGUACUACAUGUUUGUAGAACAGCUGGCUCAGUAUUACAGAAGCCUGACACCCAUGCCUGUCUGGUACAAGUUUCUGUCCGACAGUGACCACUCCGGUGGGCCCAUCCUCGCCUUCCUACUUACAGCAAGCUACUUCAUACUCAAGACCCUGGGACUGUGGAAUAAAGCCAAGCAGCUGAGACAAGCCUGGCUGAAGGUUAUACGAGACACGAACUAUGGGCAGCCGGCGUCCCAGGACCAGAUGGUAGCGGCAGGAAACGUGUGUGCCAUCUGCCAGGAGGACUUCAAGGGACCCAUCUCACUCCAGUGUAAGCACGUGUUCUGUGAGGACUGUGUCCUAGUGUGGUUCGACCGUGAGAAGACGUGUCCGAUGUGCCGUGCAGAAAUCGCAGAUGACCCUCUGUGGCGGGACGGAGCCACCAGUGCCUUCGUACAGCUCUACUGAAACAUAUCAACACAACUUCUUAAUCUUACUUCUCAGAUUUUAUAAGAAAAAAAUCAACGCAUUCACUCACUAUCCAGUUUCAUCAUCAUCAUCUUUAUAAAUCUGGUGAGGUACACUUGAUAAAGUUACUCCAGUAUGUCCUAUCCCUCAUAGCAGACACUAAUGCACUAUCCGGUUUAGCGUCUGUUGUUCCCCGACUUCCGAGGGUUAGACAUACUU